GAUUGUGUAGUUCUGAUGGAGCCCCCCUUGAGCAAGAGGAACCCGCCAGCGCUGAGAUUAGCGGAUUUGGCAACGGCUCAGGCCAGGCCGCUUCAGAAUAUGACAGGCUUCCCGGCGCUGGCCAGCCCGCCCUCCCACUCCCAACUCCGCGCCACAGCCACGCACCUCCGCCCUCGGGACCUGAGCGCUGACCCCGGCGUGGCCAUCACUCCGCUCGGACCCGAGCACAUGGCUCAAGCGAGCGCGGUCGGCCUCAGCCCUCCCUCCCAGGCGCUCCCGGCACAGCCCGAGGCGCCGGCGGCCGCCGCCCGCGCUGCAGCCUCGGUCGCGCACCCCGGCGCCUGCACCUACCCCGGUGGCGGGGGCAGCAGCCGCGCGCAGCCCUCCGCGCCCCCGCCCCCAGCCCCUCCUCUUCCUCCCUCCCCUUCACCUCCUCCUCCUCCCCCUCCCCCUCCUCCUGCCCUCUCGGGCUACACCACCACCGACAGUGGCGGCGGCGGCAGCAGCGGCAAAGGCCACAGCAGGGACUUCGUCCUCCGGAGGGACCUUUCCGCCACGGCCCCCGCGGCGGCCAUGCACGGGGUCCCGCUUGGAGGGGAGCAGCGGUCUGGCACGGGCUCCCCCCAGCACUCGGCCCCGCCUCCCCACUCGGCCGGCAUGUUCAUCUCGGCCAGCGGCACCUACGCGGGCCCGGACGGCAGCGGCGGCGGGGGCCCGGCGCUCUUCCCUGCGCUGCACGACGCUCCGGGAGCCCCCGGCGGCCACCCGCACCCGCUCAACGGCCAGAUGCGCCUGGGGCUGGCGGCGGCAGCGGCAGCCGCCGCGGCUGAGCUGUACGGCCGCACCGAGCCGCCCUUCGCGCCGCGCUCGGGGGAUGCGCACUACGGGGCGGUGGCGGCUGCUGCAGCCGCCGCCCUGCACGGCUACGGAGCCGUGAACUUAAACCUGAACCUGGCGGCCGCGGCGGCGGCCGCGGCGGCCGGGCCGGGGCCCCACCUGCAGCACCACGCGCCGCCCCCGGCGCCGCCGCCGCCGCCGCCGCCGGCGCCCGCGCAGCACCCGCACCACCCCCACCUCCCAGGGGCGGCCGGGGCCUUCCUGCGCUACAUGCGGCAGCCAAUCAAGCAGGAGCUCAUCUGCAAGUGGAUCGACCCCGACGAGCUGGCCGGGCCGCCGCCGCCGCCGCCACCGCCCCCGGCCGGCGGCGCCAAGCCCUGCUCCAAAACUUUCGGCACCAUGCACGAGCUGGUGAACCACGUCACGGUGGAGCACGUGGGCGGCCCCGAGCAGAGCAACCACGUCUGCUUCUGGGAGGACUGUCCGCGCGAGGGCAAGCCCUUCAAGGCCAAAUACAAGCUCAUCAACCACAUCCGCGUGCACACGGGCGAGAAGCCCUUUCCCUGCCCGUUCCCGGGCUGCGGCAAGGUCUUCGCGCGCUCCGAGAACCUCAAGAUCCACAAGCGCACUCAUACAGGGGAAAAGCCUUUCAAAUGUGAAUUUGAUGGCUGUGACAGGAAAUUUGCCAAUAGCAGCGAUCGGAAGAAACAUUCCCACGUCCACACCAGCGACAAGCCCUACUACUGCAAGAUCCGAGGCUGUGACAAGUCCUACACUCACCCCAGCUCUCUGAGGAAGCACAUGAAGAUUCACUGCAAGUCCCCACCACCUUCUCCAGGAGCCCUUGGUUACUCAUCAGUGGGGACUCCAGUGGGUGCCCCCUUGUCCCCUGUGCUGGACCCAACCAGGAGUCGCUCUAGCACUCUGUCCCCUCAGGUGACCAACCUCAAUGAGUGGUAUGUUUGCCAGGCCAGUGGAGCACCCAGCCACCUUCACACACCUUCCAGCAACGGAAGUACUUCGGAGUCUGAAGAUGAGGAGAUGUAUGGGCACUCGGAAGUUGCGCGGACGAUACAUUAGAAUUUUCUUGUAAUAAUAAUAAUAAGUCAUAAGUGGGAGUCCUUGGACCAUAUCCUAACCUGAGACAAUACCGAGCCUGAGACAAACCCUUGACUCAGACUUGCCACCGGGUCUAAUUAGCCCUAUUUAUUCAGUAUGAAACCCUAUGGUGUUUGUACAUUUAAUUAAUUUAAUUAAGAUAUUUGGGCUUUUUUUCCUUCCUUCUUCUUCUUAGAAAACAAACAAAAAAAAAACAACCAAGCUGGACUUGUACGUUGCAGGGGGGACAGGGCUAGGAGCAAAAUGUACCGAGGGUUAAUGGAGAUACACACUGCCAAUGCAAUAUACGUGUACUUUGAAAGGAGCGAGAAAACGCAUGAAGUCAGAACUCCACAGAGCAACAAGGCCCUCUGCAUUUCCUGCCGUGCCUCGAGAAUGCCUUUAACACCAUACCGUGGGCUUCUUUGGAGACUCUUCACCUCCUCCUUGGGCCCUAAUUCUAAAAAGGCCUCUUGAUUGUAAACCACACACUUGCUGCAUUGCCAACAGAUCUUAGACUGUACCUGUGUCCAAAAAUCUUUGUAAAAACCCUUUAAGUCCUGAUAGUUGUAAUUUUAAAUUUCCACUCUUUUAUUACUGAUCUCAUCUUAACACGCUAUUUUUAUACAGGAUUGUUUCCUCAGUACCCCGCUUGUAUGAUUUAAAGAAAAAAAGAUGCAGCAAACUUAGUACGUCUCCAUUUAUUGUGCCACUGUGAUUGUUCCAGCAAAAAAGUGGAGAGAGGAGAAAGCUGCUGCA